AUGCUGUGCUACUGUGCAACCGUACCACUGUGCUACAACAUGCUUUAUGAUACAUUUACUCACUGUGGUAUAAUUCCUGCCACGCAGGUGUCGUUUGCAGGGUGCUCCCUCCUGCUGGUUUUGGUUGCAGUGAGUUACGUUCUUCUGCAGAGCAGACCUGUGUACCUCAUGGAUUUCGCCCUGCACAAGCCUCCAGACAGCCUGAAAGUCACCCACCAGAUGUGUGUGGAGGGGUCCAAGGAGUGUGGGGCAUUCAACGAGCAGAGUCUGGCUUUCCAAGAAAAGAUCCUUAGGAAAUCUGGCCUUGGAGAUGAAACAUACCUGCCAGCAGCAAUCACAGCCAAGCCAACCAACAUAUGCAUGCAGUCUGCCAGAGAAGAGGCCAUGGAGGUCAUGUUUACCACCAUUGAAGACUUAUUGAAGCGAACAGGUGUCAAGCCAAGGGACAUCGAUGUUUUGGUUGUGAACUGCUCCCUGUUCAAUCCAACGCCAUCGCUGUCAGCCAUGAUUGUCAACCACUUCAAGAUGCGGUCCAACAUCAUUUCCUACAACCUGGCAGGCAUGGGCUGCUCAGCAGGCCUCAUUGCUGUGGACCUUGCUCGACAGGUGUUGCAGGUCAUGCCCUCCUCUCGUGCGCUUGUCUUCUCGACAGAGAACAUUACACAGAACUGGUACUUCGGGAACCAGAGAUCUAUGCUUAUUCCCAACUGCCUGUUCCGAGUUGGUGGUGCUGCUGUACUGCUCUCUAACCGCCGGAGGGACUACUGGAGGUCUCGGUAUGAGCUAAAGCAUGUGGUCCGCACACACCUGGGCGCCAACGACGCUGCCUAUGGAUGUGUGUAUCAGAUGGAAGACGAAGAGAAGAAGCUGGGUGUGCGGCUGUCGAAGGAAUUGAUGGCUGUUGCGGGCGAGGCGCUCAAGGUUAGUGCACUGCCUGACUGUUUGUUCUUGCCCCGAUUCUUAGUUGCAUCUUGA